AUACACACGGCGUAUUGACCCAGUGAAUUGGCAACUUGCCCACCUAGGUACGAUUGGUGGCAUUAAAGAGUAAGAAGAAGAAAACACUUGAGAGCUAGUGGGGAAACUUGGACAUUCCAUAAUACAAGGUUGGAGAGAGAACUUUCUCAUGCAGGAAACUCUUCAGAGUUAGACCACUUUUAGCUAGUAAACUGGCUACGCCGUUAUAACCAGUCACUAGUUACGGGAUGUGUACCGAGUAGCACCGCUUCAUCACCAUUGUAGUAUCAGGUAACCGCCUGCCAGUAACAACACCACUUAGUGCAACACAGGGGUUGUUCGCGAGACCUGCCUGCCUCACCGUCUUAGCACAUCGAGGAAUGGCAGCCAGGGUGUUGUGGUAACACUGUCUUUUCAAACGUUAACUUCGGGACAUGGCUGAACACGGAGAAAGGGUGUCUACGAAUUCAGCCGAAUCGUCGGACGACAAAGCGCUGAGUCUGAUAGUUAAGACUCCGUCCCCAUCUGACGAGGUGCCAGGAACUUUCGGUACCGGUGUCGUAAGACGAAGAAGCGUCAGAAGACGGAUUUCUCGAGAUGAUGGAAAACCAAAAAAUUACGGUCAAAACAAGGAAGAGUAUGAAAAGAUCGUGGAACGUGUUUUAUGUCAGAAGUCUGUGGCCAAUGCGUUGGACGCGCUGAGAGAGCGCUGGAAAAUGCUAAUGUUCAUGUACGAAGACUGUAUGGAAAUGGUGAAGAGUGUGGAGGAUAAACGACAGAAAAUGAAAACAAAGGAGAAAAGAAUAGAAAUCUGUAUUCUUGUGACUGGAAUCAUUUCUAUCGUGAUUCCCAUGGUGCUCAUUGUGUGGCGUUGGGGGUAACGGUGUUGUAGUAAACAUGGCUUCAAACAGUGAAGAAUCUGUAUACAUUAGAAUUUAUAUGUAUGACGUCGGUCGAAGUCACGGCUCGUGGUGGUGUGUCUGAAAGUGUGUGUGGGACGGGCGAGGGGUGGGAAGUUCGAUAGUAACAGGGAAUAGUGGGGAGGGGAGCAUGGCCCCCGCCCCCCCCCCCCACCUUGUUCGCGGCCCAUGGGGAAGGGAAUGGGUGGUUGAGGUUUAAUUGUUCGUUAGCUGUAUGUGAAGCAGCAUAUACGUAUAUGCACAGGGCUACCAUUUAUUUUGUUGCCCGCCUUUUAUUUAUUUUAGACUAGGUACUGCCCUAGUGUAAAACGCAUUAUAUACUAUAAAACUUUCGCUAAGAAUAUACUAAAUAUAUGUCAUGAUAAACAAUUUAUGCACACCUUUAAUUUGUGCAACAUGUGAUCAGUCAAACUAUGCUGUUUGGAUGUUUGUAAUGCAUGAUCACAGUUAGAUAUGUCAUCCAUCGAACACAAAUCCAGCUGCUUUACUCGACAUGGAUUUUUUCAAAUAUCCCUAGUAAAGGAUGAGACGUAUAUUAUAGAAGUAAACGACAUAAAUUAGUAUAGUUAGGACAUAUCUGACAAAAUCUUUAUUGAAGGAUGGCUGUUUUUGGCAAUGUGUUCUUUAAAGUUUGUGACAGGUUUAAUAGUGUUUACUAUAUGACGCAAUCUGUGAAAAUCUGAGUCUACGAUCACUCUCAAGAAGCAUGUUAAAAUAAGAUUUACGUUGUAUAAAGCAGAGCCGGUUUAAGGAUCCGCGUGGCCUGUAGCACAAAUAUCAGCGGGGUCGCCUUCCCAGGAUAUAUAUUUUGCAACCCCCUCGGGGAGACAGUAAAAAUGAACUGCUUCAUGUGCUACUAGAAUAAGCCGGCACUGGUAUACACUAUACCUAGGUCCAUUGGUUGGUAUUUUAGCCAAGUUCCAUUCUACACAGAACAGUCGUAUUGUAGAGAAUGUUUGUGAUAGAUUAGUUUCAUUAUGCAAAAUCCAGAAAAUUUACGUUUUUAAAUAAAGUUAUUUUGUUGUA